AUGAAUCAUUUAAAAAAAAGAUUAGGACCUUAAAAUGACUUAGAUCAUAUAUUACUUCCAUAGAUUUGUGACUAUAGAUCAUUAAGUAUAAAUAAAGAAACAAUUGUACAUCCUGAAGAAAAAGAAAGGAAAUAAGAUUAAAGAUAACAUGGUAUUCUGUAAUUCUCUUUUAUAAAUUCAAAUUACAGUCAUUCAGAAAGAUUUCGUACAAAACCAUAACAUAUGAUGAAUAUUGAAAGAAGGAAAAAGAUGUUAAAAUUAUAAUUAAUAAGGGUUUGUGAUUCUAUCAAACAUGUAUCUCAUCAUCGUAAACAUUAUGACACUUUGUAAGAAAUUCAUUUCAUCAAAUACAAAAAGAUAGCUUGA